AUGCGGGAACUCCUGAUUCUCCUGGUGGCGGCCGUUGCGCUGGCCAGUGCUGCUGACCUGCGUCCCAGUUGCAGUAAGCCCGUCUACUGCGAAAGCGAACUCCUCCAUCGAGUGCAAAUGGCCAGGCUCUACAACGACUCCAAAACCUUCGUCGAUCUUCAAAUGAAUUAUGACCAAAACCAAACAUUACAUGAUUUUGAAACUUUACUCAACGAUACGAAUCAAGAUCCGUCAAGAGAGCAAUUGAGAGAAUUCGUUAACAAAUACUUCUCUGAUGAAGGUGAACUCGAAGAGUGGACACCACCCGAUUUCAAUACUGAUCCCAAAUUUGUAUACACUAUAAAAGAUAAAGCCUUAAGAGAAUUCGCCAAAAACAUCAACAACAUUUGGCCUCUUCUUGCCCGAAAAGUCAAAGAUAAGGUGAUUCAAAACCCUGAUCGUUAUAGUUUGGUCCCUAUUACUCAUGGAUUCAUCAUCCCUGGAGGACGAUUUACGGAGAUCUAUUACUGGGAUACUUACUGGAUUAUCGAAGGUCUACUUAUAAGUGGAAUGCAAGAAACCGCUAAAGGGAUUAUUGAAAAUCUCAUAGAACUUUUGAAUUUCUUUGGUCAUAUUCCCAAUGGCAGCAGAUGGUAUUAUCAAGAACGCAGUCAACCGCCAAUGUUGACAGCUAUGGUUGCUACUUACUACCAAUACACCAACGACACAGAGUUCCUGAGGGACAAUAUUGCAUCUUUAGAGAAGGAAAUGGACUUCUGGCUGGAUGAAAGAUCAGUGACCGUUGAAAAAGAAGGUAGUAGCCACAAACUGCUUAGAUAUUUCGCUCUCAGCUCGGGUCCAAGACCUGAAUCGUAUUAUGAAGAUUAUGAAAACGCAGUAGAAUUCAGUGAACAACGUCGCACAGACUUCUAUAUCGAUAUUAAAAGUGCAGCUGAGAGUGGUUGGGACUUCUCAACGCGGUGGUUCGUCAACAAUGAUGGCAGCAACAACGGAACCUUAAAAGACAUUCACACCAGAUACGUCAUACCUGUGGAUCUAAAUGCCAUAUUUGCCGGUGCUCUCCAGAACGUGGCAAACUUUAACGCCAUUUUGAUGAACCCUCGCAAAGCUGCCACGUAUGGCCAAUUGGCUCAACAGUGGAGAGAUGCCAUUCAGUCGAUUUUGUGGAAUGAGGAAGAGGGAAUGUGGUAUGAUUAUGAUAUCAGAGACAAGUUACAUCGCAAAUAUUUUUACUCAUCUAACGUCUCUCCGUUGUGGCAACAUGCUGUUGAUCCGAAUAUAGUGAAAGCAAAUGCAGACAGAAUUCUGAACAAUCUUAAACAAUCUGGCGGUUUAGACUUCCCUGGAGGAGUGCCCACAUCCCUCAUCAGGAGUGGAGAGCAAUGGGACUUCCCUAACGUAUGGCCACCAGAAGUGAGUAUUGUAGUAAACGCCAUUGAAAACAUUGGAACACCUGAGGCGAGUGUGCUGGCUUUUGAAACUGCACAAACAUUUGUUAGGUCUUGCCAUUGGGGCUUCUUAGAAUACAAACAGAUGUUUGAGAAGUAUGAUGCAGAGAAUCCUGGCAAGUUCGGAGGAGGUGGCGAAUACAACGUGCAAUUUGGUUUCGGGUGGAGCAACGGUGCAGUGUUAGAGUUUAUGAAGAAAUAUGGAGAAGGUUUGACUGCAGACGACUCUAAUGACUUGGCUACCACUGCAUCUCCCUCCAACAAUAGCGAUACUUCGAAUAAUACCGCAUGA